UAGAAACCAGCUGAGUUCCAGACUUGUUGUUUGGGAAGGUGCUGUUUGGUCUGAUUGAGCCGUUACUGUCGUCGGCGGCUGCAAUCUCGCCGUCACCGGUGAAGCACUCACCGUCAUCGGUGUGUGUUGGUGUUCUUGUAUCAUCUCAAUUCACUUUCGUUUAGGCUUUUGUUCUUAGCACAUAUCUGAAAAUAGAUAUUGUGUUCGUGUUCCAUUUCGAGUUGCUUAGAGACUGAGACCAUUGCGCCAAUUGAAGCUAGUCUCGUGCGACUCUUGCACGUCCGCUACCACAAAGAAAGUCAUGGCAAUGAUCCAUGCCAGGUCUGUUAGACACAUUCUUAGCACCAAAGAGGCAGUUGGGUUUGCAUGGAAACGGACUUAUGCAACUGGUAAAGCAAAGAAAGGAUCUAAAGGGGGUGGAGCUGCUGAUGCACCCAAACAAUCAACCCUUAGCAAGGAAGUCAAGUCAAGCACAGUUGUAGGUGCCAACAUUCUCAAGGAUGGAACUGAUCCAAAAAUCCUGCCUGAUUCAGAAUACCCUGACUGGUUGUGGCACCUGCUUGAUAAACGCCCGGCUCUAAGUGAAUUGCGAAGGAGGAAUAUUGAAACACUACCUUAUGAAGAUCUAAAACGCUUUGUUAAACUGGAUAACCGAGCAAGGAUCAAGGAGAAUAAUUCUGUCAAGGCAAAGAACUGAUUCAAUGUUCGGAAAGAGAAUUUUGGGGAUGAAAUAACAGUGGAGUUGUUUCCUUUUCUUUUCUUCUAUUUUUUGUGUUUCUCUUACCUUCUGGGAUUCCUUUGAGUAAAUUGGCGUGCAUAUGUUCAAAUCAUUAAACGGAACAAAAGCCAAAUAAUUGCAUGAUU